CUGGGUGUGGAUGAUGCCCUGGGUACCAAAAGGUUCUGGAUGUUACCCUGGAACCUGCGGGAUCUGGAUGCUGCCCUGGAUCCUGGCAGGUCCGGAUGCUGCCCAGGAUCCCGGGGAAGGACACUGUCCUGGAUCCCAGCUGUGGAUGCUGCCCUGGAUCCCAAGAGGUUCUGGAGGAUGCCCUGGAUCCUGUGGGAUGGACACUGCCCUGGAUCCCAGAAGGGAGAGCUGUGGCAGGAGACACCUGUGCUGCACGUGUCUCCAGAGACCCCAAAUAUUUCAGCAUCACCUUCCAGCCUCUCCCAGAUGGGAGGACCAGCAAGGACCUGCCUUGGCUUGGCUGCGGAGGCAAGGUGCAAACUCCCGGGGCCAAGGAAUUUCCAGCGUUCCAGGGAGCCUUUGGGGCUCUCAGAAGCCGUUUGGGUCACCCUCCAUUGGGACACAGCACGCUGCCCUCUCCCUGGUGCCUCUGGAGAAGCUGAGGCCGUGGCUGCUGGAGCCAAAAUGUAGCGAGCCAGAGGGAAGAUGACAUCUCGGCACCUCUGAGCCACCAGCGCCCAGGGAGAGCCAUGGAGUACGAGCUGCCCAACGCCACCGCCUUCUGGUUCUCCCCGGCCUCCCCCUUUGAGAACUUCUCCCUGGAGGCGCCCACCAACACCUCCCAGAACACCACGGGCCAGCACUUCGACCUGACCAGCAACGCCAUCCUCACCUUCAUCUACUUCGUGGUGUGCAUCGUCGGGCUGUGUGGCAACACGCUGGUCAUCUACGUCAUCCUGCGCUACGCCAAGAUGAAAACCAUCACCAACAUCUACAUCCUCAACCUGGCCAUCGCCGACGAGCUCUUCAUGCUUGGCCUGCCCUUCCUGGCCAUGCAGGUGGCCCUGGUGCACUGGCCCUUCGGCAAAGCCCUCUGCAGGAUCGUCAUGACCGUGGAUGGCAUCAACCAGUUCACCAGCAUCUUCUGCCUGACGGUGAUGAGCGUCGACCGGUACCUGGCCGUGGUCCAUCCCAUCAAAUCUGCCAAGUGGAGGCGGCCCAGGACAGCCAAAAUGAUCAACGUGGCCGUCUGGGGCGUCUCCCUGCUGGUGAUCAUGCCCAUCAUGAUUUAUGCCGGGGUGCAGCACAACCACGGCAGGAGUAGCUGCACCAUCAUCUGGCCGGGAGAGUCGGGCGCCUGGUACACGGGGUUUAUCAUCUACGCCUUCAUCCUGGGCUUCCUGGUGCCUCUCACCAUCAUCUGCCUUUGCUACCUGUUCAUCAUCAUCAAAGUCAAGUCCUCGGGCAUCAGGGUGGGCUCCUCCAAGAGGAAAAAGUCUGAGAAGAAAGUCACCAGAAUGGUGUCCAUCGUGGUGGCCGUCUUCAUCUUCUGCUGGCUCCCCUUCUACAUCUUCAACGUCUCCUCCGUGUCCGUCAUGAUCGUGCCCACGCCCGUCCUCAAGGGCAUGUUCGACUUCGUGGUGGUGCUGAGCUACGCCAACAGCUGUGCCAACCCCAUCCUCUACGCCUUCCUGUCCGACAACUUCAAGAAGAGCUUUCAGAACGUCCUGUGCCUGGUGAAGGUCAGCGGCAUGGACGAGGCCGACCGCAGCGACAGCAAGCAGGACAAAUCCCGCCUCAACGAGACCACGGAAACGCAGAGGACCCUGCUCAACGGCGACCUGCAGACGAGCAUCUGAGGGGACAGCGGGGCGGGUUUGUCCUGCCCGCGCCUCUCCCUGGCUGCAGCAGGGGGUAGCACCGCGGGGUCAGGGCAGGAAUGCCACCUGAGGGGAUGGCUGCGAGCGCCCGGUGGCCUCGGGGCUCCUCUGCUGGGCUCCUCUCUGCUGGGUUGGCUUUCGAGUGCUGGGAAGGAUACGGGUCAGGAGGAGCCGCCUCGCCAGGAAAACAAAGACAACUCACGGCGACACCAAAGUGCCACCGUGGGCGCAGGUACGGCCGGGGUCCCCCGUGCCACCCUCGGGGCCGGCUGGCUUUGGGGCUCUGCACCUGGACACACCGGGGGACCUCAGGAGGAGCCGAGGCCACAGGUGUGUGACAGCACGGGGACGCGCCCACCUGGUGGGAGCUGCUGGCGGGUGUCCCUUCCGAGGCAACCAGGAUGUUGGGAUUGCGUUUUCCCGGGUUUCUCCUUGCUCCGCCGCGUGUCCUGUCGCCUCCCCGCGCUGUGCUCCUGCCGCAGCCCUCUGCCCGGAGGGGACAGGCCAGCACUGAGGUGACAUCCCCGCGGGAAGCAGCUGUGCCCCCGCAGCAGCCCCUCUGACGCCGCCCUGCCGUGUCCCCCUGCAGCGGAGCCCUUUCCCUGGCCCUGCCGCAGAUUUUCCGCUCGGAUGGAGAAUUUCCCUCUUUGCCCUCCCCGGUGGCCGCUGCCCCUCCCUCCCUCCCUCCGCCCGCACCGGCCGGUCCCAUGCUGCGCCGGCAGCCGCGGCCGCUGCUCCGGGCAUCGCGAGCGCUCCGUUCCCUGCCGGGAAAGCCUUGGAAGUGUUUCAGCGGCGGUGACACGCUGGAGGAGCCUGGCACGGGCACCUCACGCUGCCAGCCUCCUGCACCCGGCUCGGACCAGGGUUUGUGCGGCCACGGCUCCGAGGAUCUCCGGGCUGACACCUCCCUGCUCCUUCCAGGCAAGUCACGCCGGAGGCAGGGGUGAUGGAGACGAUGGGGACGGGCAGGGGGGCCUGGGGACUCGCUCCCCACCCUUGUCCGAGCCGAAGGCAGCGGGCAGAGCAGACAACGGGGCUCCCAGCAGCCGGGGAUGGGGAAGGGCAGGGCAGCGCGGAUCCAUCCCCUGGAUGCUGCCCUGUGCGAGGGGUGGCGGGGCUGGCCCCACAUCCGCUCUAUUUGCCUUCCCAAGACUGUCCCGAAGCGUUCGGCUCUGUCCCAGUCCCUGUCGCUGUCCCUGGCUGCCCUCCCAGCUCGGCAUAAGCCCGGGGCUCUGGAGCCCUGACCCUCGCCCAAGCCCCUCCUUGGCCAACGCCGCGGGAGCUCCAGGGAAAGCCCAGGGGAGAGGGAGAAGUGGCGGCUUCCUGCCGGAGCACCCGGAGCAGCGGCCGUGCCAGAGGCCGGAUCCGUUCACAGGCCCCUGCUGCGGAGCCGAGCCGUGGGAACGGGGGGUUUGGGCGGAGAGAGCAGCCGGGGCUCGGUCACCCUGCCCGUGCCACCCACCCUGGUGCCACCAUCGCCGGCAGAACGGAGCCUCCGCCCCGCAGUACAAUCGGUGUGGGAGGUGGGGUCGCAGCAGGUGCCACCUGCCUUGGGGUGCCACUAGCUCAGCCGGGCCACGCUCCAUCUCGGCUGAAGUCUGCCCAUGGCUGUGCCCAGAUCCUGCCGCAGAUGCCAGCCCGGGCCAUCCCAUCCUGCUGUGCCACCCCUGCCAGCUCCCCAGAGUGGCUCAGUGCCAGGGUACCUGCUCCUGGCUCUGCAUUUACUGCAAGACAAAGCAGAGCCAUGCCGCCAAUUGUUUGCUUUUAACUCUUUCCUGCUCCUCCGAGGAACAGUGCCCGCCUUCAGGUGCCCGUGUGUGGCACCUCCCUGUCCCCGGCUGGGCACAGAGCCGGGCGCUGGGUGGGGAGCGCGGCUGACCCCGGGCUCGGGGCACGGCGGUUCCCUGCUGACGCUGCAGGAAUUGCAGCAGCUCGGGGCACAGGGAGGGCCCGGGGAGGGCCGGGAGCGGGGCUGGGCUCGGUGUCACAGCCGCAGCGAUGCGUCAGUGCCGCCGUGGGCAGUCGGUGGGGGCGGCGUGUGCGCGGAGGGCGGGCGUGUGAUGAUGGGGAGGGGGAUGUGUGCUGGGGAGGGGGAUGUGUGCAGCCCCCAGCACUCACCUGCAGCCAGGCCAAACCCGGUUUGCCGGUGUCUGACUCCGUCCCAGCCGUGUCCGUGCAAGCCCUGUCACCAAAAUCCGGAGGGAUGAGGAGGGACACCUGUUCCCAGCUGUAUCCCCACAGGAGCAGCUCCCUCUACGCUGGUUUGAUGUGGAAAUGCAGAAAUCCUGGGAAUUCCCUGCCCAGGUCAGCUUUGUCCUGGCAAACCCGCAGGCAGUGACAUUUGGGUGCUCAGAGUGGGAUCUGAAAUGUGUCCCCGCUUUGCUGGGAUGGGGAUCACGGGGCUGCAGGUGAGGGAUGAGGGGUGUGGGGCGCUGCCACCAAAAUCCCAAAGGCCCCGGAGGCAGCAUGCAGCAGGACAGGGGCACCAGGUGGCUCCUGGGGGCUGCCAGGGCUCUCCUUGGCCACCUCUCCACAGCUCACUGAGGAAAAAGAGCAGGAAAGCAAAAUGUUCUGCCUUGGAGCUCUGGGAGGGAGCUGCAGCCACGGCCCAGCAGUGGCUGUAAAACCAGCAAAAUAAAACCUUCUGCUGUUCAUUGCUGACUAAUAAACAUCAGCCCCGCCGCUGCUGCUGCCGGUAACGAAGUUUUCCUUCCCAGCCACUUGAUUUUAGUGGGAACUUGACCUCAGAUUGGAUCUGCUCUGCAGAGCCUCGCAGGGCUGCUGGCAGCAGGGUGAGGAAUCUCUGCCGGUGGCUGCAGAGCCAAGAGACUGAGCCUGCAAGUGCUUCACACCCAGGCUGGGAGCGGUGACAGCUCCUGCCUGCAGAGGCAGGGAGGGCGUUUUCCCAAAUCCCAGGCGGUGGGAAGCAUGGAGUGGGGUGUGCCACGAGCUCCCUGGGAUGCCCAGAGCAGGGGCUGGGUCACUCCUGCACCAGCCUGCCAGUCCCAGCGAGGCCUCCCCAAAGCCCAGGGGAACCAAUUCCCCUUUUCCUCCUUACCACGGCUUCCCCAGAGAGGCUGAGGGGUGGCUCCACAGCUCCCCAGUCCCAUGGAUCCACCUGCAUGGAGACAUCCCUGCUGUCCCUUCCCCAUCCCGUGUGCCCUCAGACCCAGCCUGGCUCUGGGCACUCUGCUGGCCAGUGCUCUGCUUUGCUUCAGAGCCAAAUCCUGCUCAGGUGGGCAGCAGGGGCUGGGGCUGGAGCUGGAGCCCUCCCAGAGCAUCUCUGCAGCUCCUCGUGCUGCCUCCAGGGCUGCCUUGGACUGAAAUUAUCUCCUGCUGAACUGCACUGCCGUGUGUUGGGGGGUUCCCCACCCUGCCACGGUGGGAAGAGCCUUGUCUUUGUGGGACACUCCACUGAGGGCUCCCAGAACUGCCCAGGUCCCCAUCCCAGGCAAGGAGAGCUCCCAGGCUCCGAUCCAGCCUCAGAACUGAUCCCAAACAGCUCAGGGAGAGUCUCCAUCCCCUCCCUGCUGCUGCUCCAAGGGGGAAUCACCAGCGAGGCACCAGCACAGGACACAGCAGACCCCAAAGCUGCUGAGUCUGGAACAGACUGCUGCUGCCCAGCCCAGGGCACAGGGCAGCCCUGCCCUUCCCUGCCAGCCUCUGGCACCCAGCCUGGCACCUGCCCAUCCUGAGGGAUUCCAGCUCCACUCCCUGCUUGCUCCAGGGCCUGGCCUGUGAAAAGCCAGGACAGGAGAGCCAGCCUGGGAGGAUCCUCCUCUUAUAUGAACAUUUCAUAUUUCUAAAAAUCGAAACUUAAAACUCCAACACUCCUCCAGCUGUGUCCCGACCAGGAGAUGCUGAGGGAUGCAAAGCCUGGCCACUUCCUCUAUCCAUCCAUCCCUCCAUGGAUUCCAUCCCUCCAUCCAUGGAUUCCAUCAAUCCCUCCAUGGAUUCCAUCCCUCCAUCCCACCCCACACCGUGUUUGAUUGUAAAUACAUGUAAAUUGUAUAUUCUGGGUGUGCCCAGGGGGGUUUUCUGUUCCCUGACACAGCCCCACAGGGCACCUUUGGCUCCCUCCCCGUGUGCCAGGGGUUGGUGGCACUGGGGGGGACCAUGGAGGCUGCUGCCACUCUGCCAGGUGACUUCUGCAGGGCCAGGGAGGUGAAGGGAGGUCUCUGUUCCCUGCAGAGCUCCAGGCCCCCAGCAGCACCGUCCAUCCCCCGUGUCCAUGCCCUGUCAGAGGCUCCGUGGUGACCAGGACGUGCCGAGGCCAUGUCCCUGCUGCCAGCCCUGUUUUCCUCCCUGGCAAUCAUUCCUCAGUGUCCUGGUGUGGGACUGAGCCUCCCUGCAGAAAAGGCUCCUGACUGCCACGGUCUGUGCCAUGGGGAGGAAAAUAAAAGAUUUUCCUACA